AUGGCAAGCGAGGUCUGUCUGAUCGACAAGAAUGCGGUAAGAGCGGAGGCCGAAGCUGAGGACAUCCGGCACGCAGGCAUCUUCUUAGGUAAUCCUCUGAUCACCGGUACAGCGGAUAUGACGAUGGUGAAAGAAUCAGCGGUGGUGAUAAUCGCCCUGGGGGAACCGGGACCCGGAGAGUCACCCAACGUAAAAGUUAAUUUGGAAAUAUUCAAACGGGUAAUACCCGCGAUAGCCAAGUUCGCUGGUCGUGCAGUGUUGGUUGUUACGACACGACCCGUCGAAGUGAUGUCGUACAUAACCUGGCGGCUAUCAAACUUACCAUCGAAUCGUGUAAUCGGUACCGGGACUCUUGUCGACACAAUGAGGUUCCAGUGUCAUCUGGGUCAGAGACUUGGAGUCGCUAAUACUUCAGUCUGUUGCAUGAGCAUCGGCGCACAGGGAGAUUCAUCAGUACCAGUCUGGUCGAGCGCUCACUUAGCCGGGAUAAAGCUGCGCGAUAUAAAUCCAAAAAUGGGGGAACCAAAUGACCCUGAGCGGUGGCAUGAGGUGACAAGCUCAGUGAGCGAGAUGGAAUCAAAGUUAGCGGGUGAAAAGGGUGAGAAAGGACCGAGCUGCUGGUGCUUGGCAUUGUGUACCGUCGAGAUUGUCGAUGCCAUUCUGAGGAAUACCAAGGUCGUGCUACCAGUCGCAACACAUAUUCACGGUUGCAGUCAUGGCACCGACAAGGACGUCUACAUGUCCAUGCCCUGUGUUCUCGGAACCGGCGGCGUGCAUCAACUGGUCAAACACAAGCUGACCGAGUCGGAGAAAACUAACUUGCAGGCAUGCGCCGAUGGAAUCCGAAAUGUUCUCCGCGAAUGUGGGAUUCUCAUGGAACCACGCGACGACCAAAACGACGACAGUGAUGAUCAUGAUGAUGAUCAUCAUCACUGAUGUAUAUUUCAUCAAAUUUCAUCAUGCAUCAUAUUUAUGUUUAUAUUGAUAUUGAUAUUGAUGUUUUUUAUAAUGAUAUUUAUUACAUUAUUAUUUUUCAAUUUAUUCCCCAUUGUGCUUUUACGACCUGUGUGA